ACACCUUCAAUUUUUCCAACAAUAGAUAGAUAGACUGACUACGCCCCUGUUGGCCACCAGAGGGCGGUAGUGGCGCACCGAUGGCAGGAAAUGCAGCUGUUCGUAAACAGUAAAAGAAGACUGUGUGCAGACAGCUUUGUAAAUGGGAUCGGAUCUGACCGGAGGGAGAGAUUUGAUGAUUUUUCACUUGUCAUAGAGCACUUUUUCAUAUUUUACUCCAGAAAUCUCUUGAGAGAAAGAGAAAAAUAAUUCGUUCAGUGUUGAAUCUUCUGUUAGAUGGAGGACAGGGAGGAGGAGGCCCUGGGACGUUGCUGCAGAGUGAUGGUUUCUCGUGUCCGGCACAAACAGCAGCAGCAGCAGCAGCUUCAGAACUCGGAGGUGAGCAGGAAUAAUAAAGAGGCAGGAGGAAGGAGACAGAGGAGUGAAGGUGGAGACGACAGAGUGUGUAACCUCCCUGAACGUCAACCCUCCCUCGGUCUCAAAUGUCAAGGUCCACAAGUUCAGACUGUCCCCCUUCAACUCAUCUCAACGCUGAGGCUCAAGACUUUGAAGGAGGAGAUGAGGAGGGCUGCAGACAUGGAGCUGCAUGAACCCUCUCUGUGCAGCAUGUGUGAGCAGCAACAGGCUUCUCUGGCCUUGAGAAGUUUUAUCUGGAGGAAGAAGACACAACUGCAGCUCCAAACACUGACGGGCAGACUAAACACACCGUCAAGCCACAGAGAUGAUACAAAUUGGAUGGGUUUGUGCAGUAUUUCCCAAAGUCGCCCGAUACCCCUCACUGGAUUUGGGAGGGACUACUUGUUGAAGAUAUGCGGGUCACCGCAACCUGGGGUUGCCAUAGCAACCACUGAGGAACGUGGAGUUGCCCUGGCAACAGAUGAAAUGAGGGGUCACCCUGACAAAAGCGCUACAGGAACUCAUUUAGCAAGACCUCGCUGUCCUUUUCCAGACAGAUAGCUGCAGACAUGACAGGCACCAUAUUAAUAUAAUAGAGGGGACAAUGUUGUGGUGGAGUCAGACAUAUUCCUUCCUCUUAGUUUCACACACACACACACAUACACUAAACCCACCAAUUUGUCCAAUAAACAUUGAUCCAUAUGCUGCUGAUGGAGUCUGCAGUUACCGUACUCAGCCGCGGUUGCUAACGUUCACGCCACACACCAAGUGAGCACAUUUUUCAAAACGGAACACCAUGACGACGUGUAUAGUACAAAACAGCCAUUUAUUUUCUUAUCACUGUAUUAAAGUAUUACACUCAACACUA